AUGAUUAAUUGCAGAAGCUAAAUUAUCUAUGAUGUUUUCUAUAAUAAGUUUAUUUACAAUCAAAAUGUUGGUAUAGAAGUAAAAUUCAAGUAAGUUGGUUAAAUAUUACUUGCAAUAAAUGAAGAAUUAAUAUAAGAAAUAAAAAUUAAAUUCAACACUACAUUUUUGAGUGAAGAUAAAUACAAAAAAUAAUUAAUUUAAAAUGAAUCUUAAAUAGAAUCUCUUAAUCAAUACGCAAAUUAUAAUAGUAUUGCAAUUGAUCCUCUUGAUUAUAUUGCUUUAGUGAUUCAUUUUUAUGACAUCUUUAAUACUCAAUAAUAUAAAUAGUAUAUAAUUUAAUAAUCUUAGGAUGAUCUACUGGAACAAAUAAUACACUUUUAAUUUAUUCUUUAAAAUACUUAUAUUUGUAUUUUUUAAUUAUGUCUUUUUUUACUGA